AUGGAUCCCGCACCGCCGGUACGCCCGCAGGUCGUGCGCGGGCGCAACGCGCUGGUGGGCGCGGCGCUGGUGGCGUUCGUGGGCGGCGUGUACGCGUACACGAUGCGCGCCGUGGGCGGCUCCGACGACAUCGGCGACGCCGUGCGACGACUGGAGAAGGAGCAGGCGACGAAUGCGACGAAGGCAACGGUGGAAUUGAACGAGCACAGGGGUGACUCUGGCGAGCAUGCGCUGGAGGCAUGCGCGCCACGCAGUGAUGCGGCCGCACAGCGCAGGCGCGCCUCUCCUCAUGGCGUGCCGUGCGCUGGUGACGCCCCCCGCUGCUCCCGCUAG